AUGGCAGAACACAAAUUCUACCCGUAUACUGACAACGGCGGCUCAACCCUCGGUCUCCGCGGCAGAGACUACGCCAUCCUCGCAGGCGACACACGCUCCACAAGCGGCUACAGCAUAAACUCCCGCCUCGAGCGGAAAGUAUUCACCAUUGAAGACGGCAGUAGCAGCGCCGACUCUCAAAUCGCUCUCUCGGUAGUGGGUUUCGCCGCCGAUGGAAGGGACCUCAAGGAGCGGCUCGACGCUAUGGCUGCCGCUUAUAGGUACCGACAUGGGAAGAGGAUCGGGCUUGCGGCCUGCGCACAGCGGCUGAGUACUUUGCUGUACCAGAAGCGGUUUUUCCCGUAUCAGUUGCAGACGAUGCUGGCGGGGAUAGAUGCGAGUGGUCGUGGGAUGCUUUAUAACUAUGAUCCGGCGGGGAGUUGUGAGGAGAGAGCCUAUUGUGGGGCUGGAGUGGCGGGGGCCUUGAUGGUUCCUUUUGUGGACGGGCAGGUGGUGGUGCAAGGUGGUCUCGACUGUGAGGUUGGAGAGGCUUUGGUGCGGGAUGCGUUUAGGGGGGCCGCGGAGAGACAUAUUGAAGUUGGGGACUACUUGCAGAUGAUGAUUGUUACGAAGGACGGGAUCCGCGAAGUGUUUGCUGAAUUGAGGAAGGAUUGA